CGCCCGGGCGUGGCUGGGCAGGCUGCUAAGCGGCGCGUUUCGAGGGCUGGCUUGGUUGGGGAUGGCCACCUUCUUCGGGGAGGUGGUGGCGGCCCCGUCCCGCGCCGGGGUGGACGAAGACGACGAGGACGAGGCACUGGCGCGAGAGGAAGCGCCGGAAGAUCGGGAGAUUCGCUUGGAGCUCGAGAAGAAAAGGGAAGUUCACAUUCUCUGGAACACGGCAUUCAGUGCAACUAUAGAAAGCUCUUCAGAUAAUCCAUUUCCUUGUUCAAAAUUCAUAUUGGGUGUAGGACAAAAUGCUGCAGCAUUCUUGUCUUCUUUUGUUUUGAAUUCUGGAGACUGGGAAGUAGUUGGAUCUAUCAAGUUGUGGAAUGAAUGGUCCAGAACAUCAAACACAACCAGUGUGCUACCAACAGAUUCUUUCUGUUUGUUCUAUCGGUUGAUUCCAGAUCCUACAGUUUUGUUGUGCCAGUGUACUUGUUUUGUGGCUGAGGACCAACAAUUCCAGUGGCUUGAAAAGGUUUUUGGAUGCAUGCAGAAGACUGAUUUGCAAGUAGCUGUUCUUUCAACAUCUUCCAUUACAGAUUACAAAACACUUGAAUCAACCCUAACGAUUUCUUCUCCUUUUCUGAAAGUAUUAAAGACAAAAGAGUUCAAAGAUAACAUCUGCUGCUCACUUCUAGAACAACCAAAUAUUGUACGGGAUCUACCUGCAGCAGUUCUCAGCUACUGUCAAGUGUGGCAAAUCCCUGCAGUGCUUUAUCAGUGUUACACUGAUAUCAUCAAACUGGACAUGGUUACAAUUGAAACUUUCAAGCCUGUGCUGUCUUCCAAAAUUCUGAAGAGUUUAGUUAAGGACAUUUCAAGAAACAGAGAAACUCUGGUAAAAUUAAUGACAACGACUGAAAUCAACAACAUCUACACUUAAAACGAAAGAUUCUCUCUGCACUGUGCUUUUCAACUAGGAUUCCACUUCAGACUUUUAAAACUGAAGCCACUUUUGGUUAGAAGCAUUCAGGACUUGAAGCUGUUUCAGUUGAAGCGGAAUGCAUGAAUUCCUGGGCCAUCCACUGACUAUUGGGGAAAGGUGUUCUACAUCUAAAGCAAAUUAAAAUAUGACUAAUUUUCCACAAGCUGCAAAUAUGUUUCUUUAGGGAUGUCCUUUCUCAUAUACAGAAAUUGCAAAGCUCUUCUCCAGUAACUAAAUCAAUAUCAUAAUAUAGAAAGGAUGUUUGGUGGUGGUAAAGCCUGCGGAAGUGAAUAGCUGAGCUGGCCUUCUGUCAGAGACAAGGCAGGCAGAAAAGUCUCUAGAUUCCAUUGGCUGAGGUGCUCAUAGAGAGAGAGAGAGAGGAGAAAAGACAGGCAAAGGGGCCUAGGAAAGGAGUAGAGAAUGUACAAGUAAAGCAAAGCAGGCAGUAGAAGACUGAGAAGGUGAAGGGAGAAGCGGGGGGGCUUAGAAAAUAGAGGUUGUGAGGAGUGGCCCAGAGGAAUGAGUGGCAACAAUGCUCAGAGGGGAGAGCAGCUUGAGGCUGCAGAGCUGAGCGACUGAGUUGAUUUUAUUUUUAUUUAACAUCAUUUGUACCCCACCUUUCUUCCACCCAAAGUGGCUUACAUCAUUCACCUCUCUUAAAACUUUCUCGGCAGGGCUCAUGCUCAGACACCAAAGUGCAGACUACCUGAGCCUGCUUCUUAACAGCUGUACAUCACUUACAGUGAUUUCAAAUUAACUUUCACACCCCAUGAAUGUGUUUUGCUCUUUGGAAUGGGGAAAAAAUUGGAAAUCUGUACUUUUACAAGUACACUCAAGUUGUGUGGUAGCAAGUUGAGUUGCCUGCUGGCUGCUGCUGCACUAGGCCCCAAUGAGUCUUCCCUCAAACGCCAGACAGCUUUGGAAGAGACCCUCCCCAACCUCCUUCCUUUUCCUGAUACGCACCAAGAUUUAAAUACUGUUGUGGUUCUCUAGCAAUGGCCAAUGAUGGUAUCUGUUUCUUAAAGCUACAGGCACUACUUUCAUCUUGUUGGGGUUUUAAAAUCCUUCCCCCCAGCACUUUUGAAUUUCAGAUUUUUCUGCAAACCUGGGUAUUAGGUUUGUAGAAAGAUCCGUCUUUUCUCUUCAUGGCCCCUAUUUUUGGAUUUAAGUAUCCAUAAAUGAAGCCACUUUGAGAAUUAGAUAUACUGACUUGAUACUAUCUGUGUUACAAGGGGGGCUCUUCUGGGAAUGCAGAGGCCCCAGAACACCUACAAAUGCAUGGCAUGGGGGUAACCCCACAGCUGCGGCCAUACCCACAGGCCCAACAUUAUCGCUGAAUACAGAAAGUCAGCCAUCAUGGCUAAUAGCUGUUGAUGCGUAUCUUGUCCAUUACUUUGUAUCAUCAGUUUCUAAAACGAUUUGAAUGAGUGACCAAGUGCUUCUUUUUGUCUGUUCUGAAGCUACUGCCCAUCUCUUUCAUUGUAUGCCACUGAGACCUAUUUAUAGGCUAGUGAGAUUUUGGUAUAAAAUCAGGAUUUUCAAACAGGGCUGAAACCAUGCUUGUCAGAGUGGCACCUCAAUAAUUUGGGAACAAAUAGAAGUUAACAUGAUUUCUAUAGCAGUUCUCUGUACAAGUUGCUUUACAUUCAGAUCUUUUAAAGUUGAGAACAUGAAGCAAAUUUUAAAUCCAUCAAGUGAUGUUCCUGUGAGAGAGCCAGUUGCCUUGGUGUUGGGUUGGGGCUUAUGCUCCGUUCCCUGCUCAGCCAGAAAGCUCACUGAAUGGCCUUCUGUGAAUAAACUUUUUAGCCUGUUCAUUUAAUUCAUGCUUGCCAUACUUCCAGUGUUAAAAACAUUGCUUUCCAUUAAAUUACAGCCAUAUAGAUUUUA